GCCGGCUAGUUGGGGGCAGGACGCAAGGGGAGAAGCCUACAGGGUUAGGGUUUCGGGUAGUGGAGUCGCGUUCCUAAAUGUAGCAGAGGGUCCAUAAGCUAGAAGUGAAAGUUGGAGUCUGAAAGUUAGUUCUGGAGCAGAAGCGAGGGCACGCUAGACCAGGCCUUUACGCCCCAGCUCUUGUACACCCCGCUUUCCCGCGCGGAAUCUCAGAGGGGCGGGCGGGGUCGCGUGAGUGACGUCAUCUGGAGGCGCAGCGCGAGGCCUUAGACGCUGCGACCUCCGGCGGCGUGAGUGGCUGUUCUGCUAUGCUGCAGUUAGUCCGGGCCGGGGUGCGGUCCUGGCUUUGGCCCACGGGCUGCCGGCUGAGGGCGGCGAACUCUCUGGCGGAUGAGGCACCGCGAGCGGCGGAGAAACCAGAGGCGGUGACGAGCACGGCUCUUCAGGCACCUGUCCUGCGCAAGUGCGAGCUCCCGGUAUCCGCUCACCUGCGCCCGGUACAGGCCUGGGUCGAGUCCUUGAAAGGCUACGAGCAGGAGCGAGUGGGCCUGGCUGAGCUGCAUCCCGACGUUUUCGCCACCGCGCCCAGGCUAGACAUCCUACACCAGGUUGCCAUCUGGCAGAAGAACUUCAAGAGAAUUAGCUAUGCCAAGACCAAGACUCGGGCUGAGGUGCGGGGCGGCGGCCGGAAGCCAUGGCCACAGAAAGGCACUGGGCGGGCCCGGCAUGGCAGCAUCCGCUCCCCAAUCUGGCGAGGAGGAGGCGUUGCCCACGGCCCCCGGGGCCCCAUGAGUUACUACUACAUGCUGCCCAUGAAGGUGCGGGCACGGGCCCUCAAGGUAGCACUGACUGUGAAGCUGGCCCAGGAUGACCUGCACAUUGUGGACUCCCUGGAGCUACCGACUGCAGACCCCCAGUACCUGAUGCAGCUGGCCCACUACCGCUGCUGGGGGGACACCGUGCUCCUCGUGGACUUAGCACAUGAGGCGAUGCCGCAGAACAUUGUGGAGGCUACCUCUAGGCUCAAGACCUUCAACCUGGUCCCUGCUGUUGGCCUGAACGUGCAUAGCAUGCUCAAGCACCAGACCCUGGUCCUGACAUUGCCCACCAUCACCUUUCUGGAGGACAAGCUGCUCUGGCAGGACUCCCGCUACACGCCCCUCUACCCCUUCCGCCUGCCCUACCGAGACUUCGCCUGAUAGUUGCCCUCUGCCCAGCACUGCUGUCAAUGCUACGCACCUGCUCUGAGCCAGGCCCAGCCACUGGAAAACUUGGAGGCUUCACACCCAUCUUGUGAGGGAGGUGCUGCCUGGACCCCCUCAUCACAGGAAGCUGAGGCCACCCAGUGGUUGAGCAGACGUCACUACCAGGAUGGGACGCCUUUGCAGAGAUCCCAGAAGGGCUCCUGCCUUCAUUCUCUCUCUUUUUAAAAUAAAUUUUGUUUUUUAAUCAAAGAGUGUGAAUAGAGGAAC